AUGAAGCUGCGGAUUAGGAAGCUCGCUGCCUUCCCUCGGCGUGUCUCGUUGCUGCUGCUGCUGCUGCUGCUGCAGCUGAGCCUUGAGGAUGUGAGGCUGCUGCUGUGGGGCCCCGCGGAGGGCUGCUGCGGCUGCUGCUCUUUCCUGCUUCCUGCUGCUGCUAGCAGCAAAAACGAACCGGGGGGCAGCAAAACAAAGAGUGCUGCAGCAGGGAAGGACUUGCAGCAUGUACAGAAGCAGCUGCAGCGAAAAGAGCGGCAGCAGCAAAAGCAGCAGCUGCAGCGCCAAAAGGGGGAGCAGCGGCAGCAAACAGAACGGCUGCAGCAGCAAAAAGAGAAGCCGCAGCAGCACGAUGAAAAGCAGAAGCAGCAGAAAGAGAAGCAGCAGCAGCAAAGAGGGAAGCAGCAGCAGCAAAAGGAGCCGUCCGAUCAGCAAAAGCAGCAGCAGCACCAGCAGCAGCAUCUGCAGCAUUCGCCGAAGCAAAAGGGAUCCACACAGCAGCAGCAGCAGCAGCAGCAGCAGCGGAAGCAACAGAGGCAGCAGCAGCGUCUGCAGCAACAGCUAAUGGAUUUGGGCAGUGAUGAGGCUUUGGACAUCUACAACACAGAAGAAGAUGCGGAAGACUCUGUUAGCUGUUUGCUGCAGCAGCAGCAGCUGCAGCAGCAGCAGCAGCAGCAGCAGCUGCAGCCACAGCAGCGGGGAGGAGCACAGAGAGGGCCGCGCGAGUGGCCCCGCGCAUGCGAGCAGCGGCGCUCCCCCAGGGUUGGUUUAGGGUUUCGGGUUUCGGGUUUAGGGUUUAGAGUUUAG